AUGCCAAUCAUCAAGAAUUUCACACUGCCAAGCUCGGCGAAGAAGCUGGCAUUAAGCCCGAACUCAAAAUUAUUCAUUGCUUUCAUAUCUUCACCAGAUCCAAUUACCAAACAACCUUGGUGUCCAGAUGUACGGGAUGCUCUGCCACAUAUCAAUAACGCAUUUGCUGGAGAUGAUGCGCCGGCAUUAGCUAUUGUCGAGGUUGGACAAAAGCCCGAAUGGAAGGACCCUCAUAAUUUCUAUCGAACAACGUGGGACACUAAAAAUAUUCCCGCCCUGGUACGCUAUCAGCAAGUCAAUGGCGAGGUCACUGAGACGGGCAGAUUAGUGGAAGGAGAAAUUCUCAACAAGGAAAGACUCCUGGCCUUUAUCAUUUAA